CUCCCGCCUACAGGUCCAUCCUGAGCAUUAGUGACGAGGCAGCCAGGGUGCAGGCCCUGAACGAGCACCUCAGCACGCGUAGCUAUGUCCAGGGGUACUCACUGUCCCAGGCAGACGUGGACGUGUUCAGGCAGCUCUCGGCCCCUCCCGCCGACACGCGCCUCUUCCACGUGGCUCGGUGGUUCAGGCACAUGGAAGCGAUCCUGGGUGGCGCCUGCGGCAGAGGCGAGCCCUGUGGGCGCCAAGCAAGUAAAGGUCGGCGGGGGCAGCCUCAGUGGUCUCCUCCAGCGGGGUCUCCGCCGUGCAAGCUCCGCCUUUACAACAGCCUCACCCGGAACAAGGACGUGUUUAUACCUCAAAACGGGAAGAAGGUGACGUGGUACUGCUGCGGGCCUACUGUCUACGACGCGUCUCACAUGGGGCACGCCAGGUCCUACAUUUCCUUCGACAUCCUGAGGAGAGUGCUGCGGGACUACUUCGGGUUCGACGUGUUCUACUGCAUGAACAUCACGGACAUCGACGACAAGAUCAUCAAGAGGGCCCGGCAGAACUACUUGUUUGAGCAGUACCGGGGGAAGCAGCCGCGGGCGGCCCAGCUCCUGGAGGAUGUUCAUGCCGCCCUGAAGCCGUUUUCAGUCAAGUUAAACGAGACCACGGACCCGGACAGAAAGCAAAUGCUGGAGCGCAUUCAGCGCGCAGUGGAGCUGGCCGCAGAGCCCCUGGAGAGAGCCGUGCGGGGCGGCCUCCCGGCAGAGGAGGCCGCCCGCUGCGCAGAGGUGUUGUUGGAAGAAGCAAAAGAUUUGCUCUCUGACUGGCUGGACGCCACACUGGGCAGCGACGUUACGGACAAUUCUAUUUUCUCCAAACUGCCCAAGUUCUGGGAAGAAGAAUUCCACAGAGACAUGGAAACCCUGAACGUUCUCCCUCCGGACGUCCUGACCCGGGUGAGUGAAUAUGUGCCGGAGAUCGUGAACUUUGUCCAGAAGAUCGUGGACAACGGCUACGGCUACGUUUCCAAUGGGUCCGUCUACUUUGACACCGUGAAGUUCGCUUCCAGCGAGAGACACUCCUACGGGAAGCUGGUGCCCGAGGCCGUUGGGGACCAGAAAGCCCUGCAGGAAGGAGAAGGUGACCUGAGCGUCUCGGCAGACCGCCUGAGUGAGAAGCGGUCCCCCAAUGACUUCGCUCUGUGGAAAGCCUCCAAGCCCGGCGAGCCGUCCUGGCCGUGCCCGUGGGGAAAGGGGCGUCCGGGAUGGCACAUCGAGUGCUCGGCCAUGGCAAGCGCUCUCCUGGGAGCCUCGAUGGACAUUCACGGAGGGGGCUUCGACCUCCGGUUCCCCCACCACGACAACGAGCUGGCCCAGUCAGAGGCCUACUUCGACAACGACUGCUGGGUCCGCUAUUUCCUCCACACGGGCCACCUGACCAUCGCGGGCUGCAAGAUGUCCAAAUCGCUCAAGAACUUCAUCACCAUCAAAGACGCCUUGCAGAAGCACUCAGCACGGCAGCUGCGGCUGGCCUUCCUCAUGCACUCGUGGAAGGACACGCUGGACUACUCGAGCAACACCAUGGAGUCCGCGCUUCAGUACGAGAAGUUCAUGAACGAGUUUUUCUUAAAUGUGAAAGACAUCCUCCGAGCCCCUGUUGACAUAACCGGUCGGUUUGAAAAGUGGGAAGACGAAGAGUCGGAGCUGAACAAGAGCUUUUACGACAAGAAGACAGCGGUGCACGAGGCCCUCUGUGACAACGUCGACACGCGCACGGUCCUGGAAGAGAUGCGGGCUCUGGUCGGCCAGUGCAACCUCUACAUGGCGGCCCGGAAGGCCGCGAGGAGGAAGCCCAACCGGGCUCUGCUGGGAAGCAUCGCUCGGUACCUCACCCACAUGCUCAAGGUCUUUGGGGCCAUAGAAGAGGAAAGCUCCCUGGGAUUCCCGGUCAGAGGACCUGGGAGCAGCCUAAAUCUCGAGUCCACGGUCAUGCCCUACCUGCAGGUGUUGUCGGACUUCCGAGAAGGCGUGCGGAAGAUCGCCCGAGAGCAGAAAGGUGCGGGCUGGGCCAGCCCGGGACUUGGUGGGCGCGGCGGCUGGGCCAGGCGGCCUUCUGGGAGCGUGAGCCGAUCCGGUCUGGGACCUGGCUGUGAACGACAGAGUGUCCCGGCGCCACCAGACCCUGUGAGCUCUCAGGGAUGGCGGCACGUGCCCGCUUCACGGACGUGAACGUCGGCCCCGCCUGGCAGGCGGCUGGUCCCAGGUACCGGCCGACCUGCGGGGCUGUCACUGCGGCUGAAUGUCCUUCAUGGAGGUCAGGUCCUCACGGCGGAGCUCCUGAGCGAGGUGCUCUUCUCCCCCAAGGCAGACGGACUGUUUCUCCCUGCCGCCUCAUCCCCGGCACUGAGCCUCCUGGAACAGGGCCUCUCUGGCCGCCGGGCUCGCCCUGCGACCACUGCCGCAGAGCCGUAAAGGCCGCCGUCCCCGGCCUGGAGGGAGCGAGCCUGUGGUCAUUGGCUCUGCCUCUGGGACUCGCAGAGACUGACACGGAGGUUUGAGAACAUCUGAACCCGCAGGGACUGUCCACUGAGGUCUGAAGGCCACGUCGGUGGCCGCCUCACCCCUGCCCACUCCGUCUGCUGGGUCGGGGUGUGUGUGCUCUUUCUUCGGGGCGUCACUUCAAAGCCAGUGGGACGGCGGGCUCUGUACCUCCUCCUGGACUUCCCGGGCCCUCUGCUCACUCUGGCCCACGCCUGGGGGUGGGCUGAGGCCUGGCCGGGAGCGGCGUGCCCGCAGUGGAGCUGGUGCUCGAGGCAGGGUCACCCGCACCUGUGCCUGUCCCCCAGGCCUCUGGCCCUCCCGCACCCCUCGGCUGGGCCUCCCGCAUCGCUGAGAAUGCCGGCAGCUCUGGGGUCCGCCCCAACCUCCAGACCCGUUUCCGGCUCUUGGCUGGUGGGGGCUUGGAAUCUUGCGGAGUCCCGAGGACGUGUGGAGGGCGGGGGAGCGUGUGGACGGGAACACGUUUCACCACGAGAACGAGGGGGAAAUGGGGGAGCUGGGGGAGCCUAGACUCGUCACCGCUGGGCCUGCCCUGGGCCUGACUGCGAUGUGAAGAGUGCAAGGAGCCUUUGCAGGACGUGCGGGUGGCCUUGGGUCCCUGGGUCCUGGAGUGUGGAAUAUGGGGCCGGGCUGCAGGGGCUCAGCACUCCCGGAUGCCUUCCCAGUUGGCCAGGUGCUUGGGGUGGUUUAUUUUUUUUCUUGUGUUUUGUUUUGUUUUGUUUUAAUAUUUAAGAGAGAGAGAGAGUGAGAGAAUGAGCGAGCAGGGGAGGGGCAGGGAGAGGGAGACACAGAAUCAGAAGCAGGCUCCGGGGUCCGAGCUGUCAGCACAGAUCCUGACGCGGGGCUCGAACCCACGAACCGUGAGAUCCUGACCUGGGCUGAAGUCAGACGCUUAACUGACUGAGCCCCCCCCCCCCCCC